UAACCAACAUGACAGCGUGAACCGAAAAAUUCUUAAAUUAAUGUAGGGACUUUUCGCUUUGGAAUAUUACCUCUUACUAGAGGUACUGUUCUCAUAACCUGUAACAUUUAAUACAAAUAAUGAUCAGCUUGCUCCUGUGUUAAACAGUCAGUGUUUAUUUAAAUGUAAUUCAUGUAAAAGGAUAUGAUUAGCAAUACCGAAAUUGUGUAAAUUACAUAACCUUAGUGCCAUUAGGCAAAAGUUACUGUAAAGAUUAUUAUUAACAUUCAAUAUGUAUGCUGUCUUACGGAAAUCUCGUACACUGAAAAAUAUUAUACAAAGAUGUAACAGUACUACAUCAACUGAGACAAGUACAGUAGCAUAUCCACCUGUAUUAGAUUUAUCCUAUAAAGCCAGAGUUAGAAGGAAGGAUGAAAUCUGGUAUGAAAAAAUUAAAAAGUUAGAAACAGUAGAGGAAAAGUUAUAUGGAAUUAAUAUGCCACGUUAUUAUGGCUGGAAAUCAUUAUGUUUAAAAGAAAGGCAUGUUCUAUGUAAUUCAUUGGAUCAAGCUCAAUAUAUUACAAGAACUCAUGUUGUAAACAACCAUGAAUUACCUGAUUUUUAUAAUAAUGUAAUCACAGCUGAACAAUUAGAUGCUGUGAUACAAAUUGUUAAAAACCAUAUAGAAAAUAUUCUUGGUUUUGAGUAUUAUAACAGACUAAGGGAACAAGAAAUAACAGAAAAAACAGCAAAAAAUAAAAAGAAACUACAGGAUGAUCUUAUAAAUGGAAUUGUUUAUCAAAUUAAUAGAAUAUUACUAGCUACUUUGUCUUCUAAUUUACCGCAUUUAAUGAAAGCUCAAGUAGAUUAUGAACCAAGGGUAGAAGCAUUUUGGUUUAUAGGUGGUAUAGAUCCUCCAACUUUAAUUAGAAAAACAAGAGCAAACUCAAAGCAUCUGGAACCAUAUGCAGAUGAUCCAGUUAAUAUGCCUGUUCAGUAUUUUGGUUCACCAAUUUUACAAUUACGACAUCAGUUUCCUUUAAAAGAAAUUGUUCCAUUAAAUGAAUGUAAAAACCCAGAGCUAAACGUUCCUGAAUUUAAAUUUGAUCCUAGAACAUUAGGACAUACCUUUUCAUAUAAACAUGCUACAUGUAUACCUGGUUUUUGGCCUGGUGAUCCAGAUGAAUUUGGUUUAUUGUCUUAUCACAACAUUAAUAAUUCGACGAACUCAGAAGUUUAUUAUGAAGAUUCAUACAUAGUUCAAGCUAUUUUUGCAUCUUAUGGGUGGUUGUUGUCACAGGCUUCUUAUCAAGGUUUUUCUACAGUCUAUGAUAUAACGUAUCCAUUAACAUCUCAAACAGUUUUUACAAAUGGUCAGGAAUGGUCGUUUUGCGUUUAUCAGUUAAAUACUACAUUAGUACAUUCGGAACAUGUAGAUCAAAAUCCAAAACGUAACAUGUGUUGGGUAACGAAACCAAUGAAAUUGUUUGACACAAUAGAGGAGGGAAAAGUUCAUGGGUUUAAUGAAGACGUUCUAAGAACGUUAAUUAAAUUUUACGUCAAUAUGCCUGAAGAAAGGUUAAAUGUGGACAUGAAGCCAUAUUUAGGAAAAACUGUAAAAUAUCUUGCGGAUAUUGAACAUCGCGAUCGAAGAGUCUUCUUGGAACGAGGCUUUAAACAUAUCUCGUCUAACAGACCAAAACAUUACCUAAUGCCAGAAAUGUACGCUUGGCAGAAAAUUUACAUGGUUGAUCAUAAAACCCGUCCUAUGGACAAAAAACGUGACCCAUGGCAAUUUGGUUACAAACCUACAAAACGUAGGUUGGAUGAUCACUUACGGUUAUAUGUACCAAAAUGUUUAAGAGCGAAUCCAAAGAAAAAGCGUGUAGAUCGGUGGGCAAAAACGUACUAUCCGGAUGCAUAAAACGUGCGUUUUAUCCAUUUUUUGUGUAAAUAUUUUUAAUAAUAACACGCUAAAUGACUUCAGA